AUGUGAGGAAAUGGUAAAUUUGCUACGGGUAGUAGAGCUUCAGCAGAUACUAUCUUUUUUGAAUAUUUCCUUUGCUGGACGUAAAAGCGAUUUGCAACGACGUGUCAUAAAUCUUCUUCAUACAAACUACGAUUUAUUAUCACAUAAAAUACGUGAAGUUUACACAAAUUCGCUAACAGAACAACAGGCUCAACAAUACGGGCCAACAGAUCCGAAAAGAAUGUAUUCACACAUGCAAAUGCCGCCGGUGCAACCGAAUCCUGCAGCUGGUCUGCAAAAUACCGGUCAGCCUACCGCUGUCGGUGCACAACCCAUUGCAGGAGUACCGCCCUCAGGGCCUGGUGUUGCAAAUAAUAUGGUACCAUUUAUGAAUCCCAUUCCUACUCAUAUACCCAUACAUCCCGAUGUACGUUUAAAGAAGCUUGCUUUUUACGAUGUGCUGGGUGUGCUGAUUAAGCCGUCAUCGCUUGUGCCGCGCAAUACACAGCGUAUACAAGAGGUGCCCUUCUACUUUACAUUGACACCACAGCAAGCCACAGAAAUUGCAUCAAAUCGUGACAUACGGAACAGUAAUAAAAUUGAGCAUGCAAUACAGGUUCAGCUACGUUUUUGUCUAUUAGAAACUUCAUGCGAACAAGAGGAUUGCUUCCCGCCCAGUGUUAGUGUAAAAGUUAACAAUAAGCUGUGUCAACUGCCGAAUGUCAUUCCAACAAACAGACCGAAUGUUGAACCAAAACGACCACCGCGCCCCGUUAAUGUAACAGCUAACGUAAAGCUUUCGCCUACAGUAACCAAUACAAUCACUGUACAAUGGUGUCCGGAUUAUACGCGUGGCUACUGUAUUGCGGUAUACUUAGUAAAGAAGUUGACAUCGGCGCAAUUGUUGCAUCGCAUGAAAACCAAGGGCGUCAAACCAGCCGACUACACACGCGGUUUAAUCAAAGAGAAACUAACUGAGGAUGCAGAUUGUGAAAUCGCAACCACAAUGCUUAAAGUAUCACUUAAUUGCCCGUUGGGCAAGAUGAAAAUGUCCAUACCAUGUCGUGCAUCAACUUGUUCGCAUUUACAAUGUUUUGAUGCUAGUCUUUACCUGCAGAUGAAUGAGCGCAAGCCAACAUGGAAUUGCCCAGUGUGCGACAAGGCAGCCAUUUAUGAUAACCUAGUCAUUGAUGGCUAUUUUCAAGAGGUUCUCGCCUCUUCACUUCUCAAACCCGAUGACACUGAGAUACAAUUGCAUAAAGACGGCUCUUGGAGCACACAUAGUUUGCGGAAUGAGGCUCAAAUAAUUGAUACACCAACAAAGCCUGUAGAAAAGGUGGAAGUCAUUUCGGAUGAUAUUGAAGUCAUUACCACUGAGGAUGUUAAAAUGGUUAAAUCUGCAGCACCACCUGCCGUAGCUAAUGACCAACCAACAUCAACAACCAAUAGUGAAACGGUCGAUUUAACGCUCAGCGAUUCCGAUGAUGAUAUGCCCCUAGCUAAACGACGUCCUGCCAUUAAACAAAGUUCUGCCGCCAAUGCCGCAAAUUCUACGGUAUCCACAUCGAGCAUUAAUGGUAGCGGCAAUGGCAAUACUGCAGCAGGCAAUGGUGGCACAAACUCAAAUCAACGUAAUGCUUUUGCACAGCAACGAACUGGGGCGGUACAAACAAACAUCGAAGACGCGGCGACCGUCGGCCCACAACGCGGCGAAUACACCACCGAAGACAUAACGCGUGAAACAAGCGAAAGCGAUACCGCCAGAGGAGAGUACCCAACAUGCACUCAGCAGCUCGAAGCCGAAAUGAAGGAUUUCCAGGAGAACUUCAAAUUAAAACGCCCAACAAAGAAAAGGAAACGCUGGAUGCUCAAAUACAAAAAUAAAACGGUCUUGGUCGCGAAACGAGGGGCAGACCACGCCACCGUUAAAUACCGGGGCAUAAAAUACGAUAUGAAAUUCGUCGACUAGAAGUGCGCACCACCAGCCAGGCCACUCCAACUCGCUUCACUCGCACUGGAUGUUACUUUUAUUAGUUUCUCUGAUCUAUUUUUACACAUUAAUACAUUUACACGUAGAACGUGGCCGUUAAGUUCAGAUAUAAAAAAAUCCCUUAUACAAUAUAUAUAUAUAUAUGUACGUAGAACAUAACGUCGGUGAUACUGCAAAACGGUCUGUCUAUUAGUAGCUUUGACACUUAUAUGGUCUCUUUCUUGCACCGGAAUGCAUCUGCAAAUCUUUACACCCUAAUAAACGAAUGACAAAACUGUCUACCUUUGGCUGAUGAAGAUGAAACGAUUGCCAGAAGCGAUCAGAUACAGAUAACAGAUCAAUUAAGCACCAGACGUAAUGAGUGACAGAGAACGCUUUGCAGUGUUACCGACGAUAAGUAAAAUGCGAAAAUUCUUUUUUGUGAAAGAUAAUAGUAAUAAUAAAUUUGGUUACCACACACACACACACACACACACACCGGCCUAGCCACCGUACUCCGUGCGAUGGCAAAUCUGCCUAUAGGUAGUGAAGAUCCAAUAGGACCCAAACGCUUGAGUCCCGCAACCUUUCGUCCGCCGAAGUGUGGGGGGUAUGUAACGUAGCAUUCGCUAAGAUACAAUCACAUACCGCACCGUACAUACAUACAAUACUGUCCAUACAUACAAUACUGCACAUAUACAGACCAUCAUGUGAGCCCUGCUAGCAGCACAAAAACAGCAUGCUCGAACAACUCACCAACCACUUCGUUCACCAAACUGCAUAACCCGGGACAGCACACUACGAAUUUUCACCAAGGGUAUAUAAAAGGCUGAACAAGUGCGCAGUCAGGCCAGUCUUGCUAGGUAAGCUAAUUUGCCGCCGGCUGGUUGAGUCUCAGCCACCGCUGCCUCGUUCCAGCCCCUACACAUGUAGAGUGCGAUUAUGGAAGCUUUGCUAGGUCGCUUCGCUCCAUCGUUUGCCGAGCCGCCGAGUACCACUAGCACCGCGGAGGAUCAUCCGUUGGGCCGACUAGAGCGGCAUCCGCUGUGCCUUAACCAUCGAGAAUCAUCUGCUGUGCUGCCGCUGGUCUCCAGUUGCUACGGAGAAUCACCCGCUGUACUGCUAGCGCUCUCACGGUUGCUCUCCAGUCGCUUCGCCGUUGCUGAGAGUCACCCGCCGCGCUGCUGGCGCGCUCACCGUCAUUCACCAUUUGACUCGCCAUUACUCACCGUCAUACGUUUUGACCCGACAACAAACGAACGUCAUCAGUCUCUCGCUCUCUCCCUCUCUUUGGACGACAGGUUGCCGGCACUCUAGUCAUAACGCCGUGUGUGUGUGUGCGCUCCAAUUAAAUAUACGAGAAUAUUGUGUUUUUUUUUGGUGGAGGUUAGUGGGCCCUUCGCUGGACUCUGGAUCGGCU